CGUCUGCUGUUACCCUUCCGAGUUCAUUCUCGGUGUGUAAUGUUGAUAAAUUUUCUCGUCUCGUGGACGCUCAACAGAGAUCUGAAUUGAAAAGACAUUUAUGUGCCUUAUUUCGUGCAAUUUGCAAAUGCAGUAAACCUUUUCAUUAUUUACUUUUUAUAUUUGUGUUGAUUAGUAGGUAGGGAUGCCGUGGACGGUCCGAUUAGAAGGGGGUCCUCGCAGGGUAAAUCAUGCUGCGGUUGCUGUACAUGAAAAAAUAUUCUCAUUUGGUGGAUACUGCACUGGUGAUGAUUAUAAAUUGAAAAGGCCCAUGGAUGUUCAUGUGUUGAACACUGUUAACUACAGAUGGAAUGCUGUAAAAACCCCAGAUAUCAGUAGUCCUCAGUAUUAUUUAAUACCAUAUCAACGUUAUGGACAUACUGCUGUUGUGCAAAAUGACUUGGUAUUUAUUUGGGGUGGACGGAAUGAUGAAGCCGCGUGCAAUGUAUUAUUCUGCUUUGAUACGACUAAUCACAUGUGGUCACAACCAAAAGUUUGCGGAGACAUUCCUGGAGCCAGGGAUGGGCAUUCUGCUUGCGUUAUUAAUAAUUGCAUGUACGUUUUUGGUGGGUACGAAGAAGAUACUGACCAGUUUUCUCAAGAUGUGCACAUGUUAGAUCUGAAAAAAAUGGAGUGGAGACAUUUGAAGAUUAAAGGGGAGCCACCUAGUUAUCGGGACUUCCACUCAGCCACAGCAAUAGGCAGCUACAUGUACAUCUUUGGUGGUCGCGGUAACCAGUCGGGUCCACAUCACUCUAGAGACGAAGUUUACUGUGAUCAAAUCGUGUUUUUGGAUACUCGAGGGCAGCGAUGGCAUCGGCCUAGUGUAACAGGAUUUCGUCCUCUUGGAAGGAGAAGCCAUUCAGCAUUUACCUACAAGGGCAGCCUUUUUGUUUUUGGUGGAUUCAACGGCAUUCUUCAGAAACAUUAUAACGAUCUGUUGCGGUAUGAUCCUGAAAAUUGUCGUUGGUCUGUUGUGAGACCAAGAGGUCAUGGGCCAUGCGCAAGGCGACGUCAAUCGUGUUGUGUUAUCGGUGACCGAGUCUUCCUUUUCGGCGGAACUAGCCCACAUCCUGAUCCGAAUCUGAAUUCUGCAAAUCAGCAACGUGACGACUAUCCUGGAUUGGAACCUAUUGAAGCCCGUUUGAUGGAUCACAAUGAUUUAUUUGUUCUUGAUUUUGCGCCUACGUUAAAGACAAUGGCAAUUACGAACGUUAUAAAGCACAAGCUUAAUGUUGAAGCCUUACCCGAGUCGAUUAGAUUCGAAAUUAGAGCAAUGACUCUUCCGAAUAGUGUAACGAAGCCUUUAAACAAUGCUGGAUAGUUUAUUUGUCUAGUAUUAAACCAUUUUGUUUUACCUUCUUAUUUUGACUGGUUGAAUUGUACAAGGAUAUGUUCAAAUAAGUAAUUUGAACGCGA